GAACUUCGUAAUUGUCUAAAACUAUUUAAUAUUGCAACAGAAAUUCUCUCAAAGUCUAACUAUCUAACAAUUGCUGACUUACGUCUUAUUAUUUCUGGUUUAUUCAAUCACCUUAAUAUCUUUUAUAGUAAUUAUCAAGAUAUGAAGUUAGUAGUAUCUAAAAUUAGAAAAAAAUUAGAUGAAUACUGGCCAAUUAUGCAAGAAGCUAGUAGGAUUGCUGCUUUUUUUGAUCCGCAUUUUAAACAAAUUGUUUAUUCAGAAGAUUCAACAGAUGAAAUUUUGGCCUCAAUUCAUGCAAGUCUACUAGUAAAUUCUGAAUCUAUAGUUCAGUCUCAAUAUAUUUCAAAGUGUAUCCAAUUUAUACAAGAAUAUAAUAAAGCAACUAUGUUAACUACAACUUCUGAUUUAGAUGAACUUACUCGAUAUUGGGAAAUAACUGCGGCACCUGAAGAAACUUCUGUUUGUGAUUGGUGGAAAGCUAAUCAAAGACUUUUUCAAACUUAG